GCCGAUGUAAUAGAGAAAAACCACCCUGCAAAUACUUCCAUCCCCCACAGCAUCUCAAAGAUCAGUUACUAAUCAACGGAAGGAAUCACCUUGCCCUUAAAAACGCACUGAUGCAACAGAUGGGACUUACACCAGGACAACCCUUGGUUCCAGGCCAAGUCCAAGCGGUGGUGGACCCGUCAAUUGAUUGCCUUCCUUUGACCCAUCCAUAUUUCUCCAUGCCAUUCGAUGAGCCGUAUGCGCUGAUGGCAGCCAAUCCCUACCUGACCGGAAUGCCACAAGUAGGCAGUACGUACAGUCCGUACUUCGCACCAGGCCCCAUCAUGCCCACGAUAAUGGGCCCCGACCCCACAGGAGUGGGGUCACCACUCGGGGUCGUACCGCAGACAGUGGUAGCCCAACAGAAAAUGCCUCGAUCUGACAGAUUAGAGGUGUGCCGCGAGUUCCAGCGCGGGGCGUGCAAGCGCGCAGAGUCCGAAUGUCGCUUCGCGCAUCCCGCCGACGCCGUGACCGCCAACGAGGACGGCACGGUCACCGUCUGCAUGGACGCAGUCAAGGGCCGCUGCAACCGCGACCCCUGCCGCUAUUUCCAUCCCCCUCUGCACCUCCAAGCCCAAAUCAAGGCGGCACAGUCGCGGGCUAGCGCGAUGGACAUGAAAUCUGUUGGAUCGUUUUAUUAUGACAAUUUUGCCUUCCCAGCGGGCAUGGUCCCGUACAAGAGACCGGCAGCGGACAAGUCUGGCGUGCCCGUAUACCAGCCGAACGCCACCACCUAUCAGCAGCUGAUGCAGCUGCAGCAGCCAUUCGUGCCCGUGUCAUGUGAGUAUCCCACUUCGCCCGCUCCUCCCCCCUCUUCCGCAGCUUCGCCGUCCAUCCCCGAAGCGGCUGCGUCCGCGCACCCGGCCGCCGCAGCCGCAGCUGCCGCCGCCGUCAUGGCGCACCAGCUGCAGCAGCAGCAGCAACAGCAGCAGCAACAACACGCACAACCGCCUCCUCCUCGACCUGCUUCGAAAGAAAACGAAUCGCAGCUGUCAUCUCAGGCCGCGGCUGCUGCUGCCGUUGCAGCUGCUUCCAUAGCUCCCCCCGCCAGUAUGACUAGCUUACCGGGCGCACAACCCAUGUAUACUGACCCCGCCGCGUUAGCUAAGGAAGUCGCGCAGCAAAACUACGCUAAAGCUGUUAAACUGGCCGCGAUGAACCAGUCGCUGGCUCAUCAGUCGCAAAUGGCACCUCUGAAUCCUCUAAAUUACACAGGAGUGGCUUUGAACAAACAGGCUUUGGGCAUUCCGCAGACCGCUUUGCGCUACCCUCCUACUGCUUUGCCUCUCGGUUUCACUAGCGCCGCCGGGGCCGGGUUUAACUUUAACCUAGCCAAUUCGUAUUCGGCUGCGAUCGCUCAGCAACAACAGAAUUUGCUCGGUAUCGGGCGCGCGGCGCCUCACACAGCUUUUCAACUGAAUCCUUAUUCGAUAAUGCGUCCCGCUACGGCUUAUACUAACGCUGGGGCCACGACGGUGACGGCUUCGCCGAUUUUUAACGGGAGCCUGUUGGGCGCGCAGUAUCCGGUUACGGUUUCGGCUGCGCCGGUGACUACAGUAACGCCCAGCGCCGCGAGUAUAGUAGCGGCUGCCGCGCAGAACAAUAAUAACGUGCAGCCUUACAAGAAACUUAAAACUUCUUAAAAACGGAAAUAGUUCGUUAUUUUAUAUAAUAUAUGAUGUCGUUUCCUAAUUUCGUGUUUGAUUCGUGUUGUUUUUAAUAGGGUGCGGGGUGUCUUGUAGGUGUCAUUUCGUUGACAAGUGACGUUGUGAACGUCAAAUGAAUAACGGUAUAUGUGUACAUUUUGAUUACUUUGUCCGCUUGGCUCAUAGGAUUAAAAAAAUGACUAAUUUUGACAAUGUUUUGUAAAAUGACCAAAGAAAAAAAUAAUUUUUAUAGUCAAAAUGUUUUUAAAAUUUUUAUUUAAAAUGUUGAAUUGUAUUUCUUGUUUGUUUUGUGUUGUUUAGCGUCAAACGUGUUUUAUAUAGACGUAGUAGUUGUACACAGUACAACAAAUUACAUUUGACAAUGACAAAAUCAUAGAUCGAUAACUUAAAGUAUAUUGACAUUUGCCUGAUUUUGCAUUGUCACCUAUUCAGAUUUUAUUUAAAAAUAAAUGCAGUUUUUCUUAAAUUACUUAAAAUUUUCCUGUUCAAAUUUGGUAAGUGUAUUCGGCAUACGCAGAUCGUUAAAAAACUAUUUAUGACGCUAUAAAAUCAACAGGGAGCCAAUAUUUGAACAGUUCAAAAUUUUUAUGGGAUUUUCUGUGUCCCAAGACGAUGCACAACCCGGUAUAUCAAUUUAAUUGUAUAUCUAUUUAGAACUGGUGUAUCAUAUUACCAGCUAUUAUGAAAUAGAAGUUGUUCAAAUCUCAUGAUGAAGAAUCAUCUUAUAUCAAGAAAAAUUACACAGAUUAUCUACAAAAUACUUUCUUUAUAUGCAUAGUCCACUCCCUUUUUAGUGUACUAUGGUUAAUUUUUGAAGUUAAAUAUUUUUAAACACAUAUUUUUAAAAUUACUUGUGCAAUAAAUAUAUUGAAGCAUACUAGAAUAAGUUUUUUAUAUUUAUCUAAAUUUAGUCUAACAACCCGUACUAUUGAAAGCUUUAAAAGUAACCAAAAUGUAUAUAAAAAAUAUAGUGAUCACUCUACUUAAUUUUUUCCUCUUAAGAGAAAGAAGCCUAAUCAAGAUACCCUGUAUAUAUUUUAACUAUAUUAUAUUGUCGUUUUUUUCGUAGUGUAAUAUGAAGUAGUGAUGUCAAAAUUUAGCCAAAAAAAAAUAAUUUUUUGUUUCGGUAAUUCAAAAUUACGCGAGUUGUUUCUUUUUAAUAGUUUUUGUUUGUUCGUUUUUUAAUGGUAUUAUUAAUAUGUUCGUUAUUUCGUAAGAGUUAUCGUGUUGUUUUUAUAUAAUGGAACCUAGAACAGUUCUAGUCAAAUUCGUGGUUUCAAACGUUCGAUUAAACUAAACUAUGGACCGUGUCGUCUCGGUAAGCGAGUGCCUCAUACCACAGCUUUUUUAAUACCAGCAGGUCAUCUUCAGCCUACUUUAGAGUGAUAAAAUUGAUGCUAUUCCUAUCCAGCAAUGUCCGUGGAUAUCUUAUACUUGUAGCUGAGAGUAAGCUUUUUAAAACAUGCGAGAUAAUCAGCUGGUGUUAAAUAAGCUAUGUGAUAAUACUGUGAUACCCUCACAACCGCUACUUGCACCGCUAUUAACGCCUCUCCCCCAUCUCAGACCUCCUCAACACACAUCUCCCCUACUAAUUCCUCCUACAAAAAUGCAAUUUUUGGUGGAUAUACAUUCCCAUAGGCCGAUUGUAUUUUACUC